AUGGAGUCACCUUCCGAAGGGAAUUCGUAUGACUCCAGUGAGCAGAUCAAGCAGCUCGGUGAGAUCGAUAAACAUGUGGUCCAACUUCUGAAGUCUGCGGGACAUGCUCUCGAAACCUUGACUUCCACUACUGCUAGCAGCGAUAGUCGCUUCCAAGGUUCGGUGAAUUUAGCAGAGUCUAGGACGACCUUCUCAGGAGCCACAUCCCAGUACUUCAAUUCCCUCAGAUUCAUAGACAUUCAGCUUCGAGAACAGAUUUCCGCUCUUGAAAAGGCAGCGAUAUUGCGACCCCAAGAUACUGCGAGUACUACACAGACUGAUCUAGCUAUUCCAACAAGCAUUGCUAGAAGCAUGGGUAUCGUCAAUCCUCUCGCCUCGAAGGCAGAUGGUCGCAAGGGAGCUGUUGCCGCUGGAGGGCUAGGUAGCCUCGAUGUCGGCUGGCUCAACAGCAGGAAUGAUAACGUGGGUAAAGAGAUGGAGGCUGAGUUGUGGGAAGAGGCAUUGGGUCUUGUGAAGAGCUUUGAGGUGCGACGAUUGGAAGAGCAGAAGCAGCAAAAUCAACGAAAACCCGCCAAACCAGUCCAACAGGAUGGCGCUCACGAGAGCAUGGACGAAGGCUAA